AUGGCGCAGCAUGACUUUACUCCAGCCUGGCUUAAUUUUUCUACUCCGCCAUCAACAAAGUCAUCACUGAACUUUGAGAAACAUUCUGAAAAUUUUCUGUGGACAGUCAGUCAUUAUGAAGCAAAUCGCAGAAGACACAACUCUUCAGAUGGGUUUGAUCCUAACAUUGGAUGGCCUAACGGAGGGCAUUUUGGGAGAAAAGAGAAGAAUGGUUGGCGUUCACAAGGCGGAGAUGGUACAGAAAAUAUAAACCAUCUUGGGGGAUACCAUGGCAGAGGUUCCCGCACUUGUACCAGCACUUUCCACUGUGGAAAAGGCCAAGGACUGCAUGAAAGCAAUGUAUGUGAUAAUGAAACUGGGAAAAAGGAAGACAAGGAAGUAACCAAACAGUUUGAGGCUGAGGAUUUUCCAUCUUUGAAUCCUGAAUACGAGAGCACACCAAACCAGAAUAAUUCUUUAGCUGCAGGUGCUUGGGAUUACCCUUUGAAUCCUAAAUCUAGAUCUCCGAGAAUGCUGGUCAUUAAAAAGAGCAGUACAAAAGAACUGCAGAUACCUGGAUUCCCUAUAGUAGGAAGUCUUCAUUCACAGACAGUAAAGAAUGGAACUGGCACGAGUGUUUAUAAAGGAUUAAUCCCUAAACCUGCUACUUCACCCACAAAGCUUACACAGUGGAAAAACCAAGCAAAAGAAAAUAAACUUUGGAAUCCAUUUUCUCAUGAAUCUGCAUAUGGUAUUGGCAAUUUCAGUCCUCUCAAAUCAACUGCCAAGGCAUUUACUGCAUCACAGAAUUCAAUAAAAGAGUGCAAUUGGUCAAAUUUAUCAUCCCCUAUUGACAAAGUUGGUCAGCCUCGUUUAACAAAAUUGACAAGAAUGCGGAAUGAUAAGAGUGAAUUUUUGAAAGCAUUGAAACAAGAUAGAGUGGAAGAGGAACGUGAAGACAAGAAUCAUGCUGGGCAAGAGAAGGAUGAUGAGUCCUUUAACUUGCACAACAGCAUCAGUCCUCAUCAUGCAAGAGAUAUAAACCGAAACUUUGAAAAUGAAAUUCCGCAAGAGAAUGGCAAUGCUCAACAGGUCAUUCAAUCUUCAGCUUUCCCUCAGGCAGAUGUUCUUUCAAGCUCACUUGAGGCAGAGCAUAGGUUGUUAAAGGAGAUGGGCUGGCAGGAAGACAGUGAAAAUGAUGAAACAUGUGCUCCACUAACAGAGGAUGAGAUGAGGGAAUUUCAAAUCAUUAGUGAACAGUUACAAAAAAAUGGCCUUCGGAAAAAUGGCAUUUUGAAAAAUGGCUUAAUCUGUGAUUUUAAAUUUAGCCCCUGGAAAAACAGCACUUUCAAACCUGCUCUGGAGAAUGACGAUUUAGAGACAAGCAGCAGUGAUACAUCAGAUGAUGAUGUGUGA